CCCUCCAUCCUCUCUCAUUUCUCUACUCCUCUUCUUCCUCUCUACACUUUUCCUCUUCUCACCACUCUAUCAUCAAACUAUCAUCCUCCAUCUUUAAAUCUGAAAUCUAAUCAUACUAAGGAAGAGUUGGAAGCUUAGGAACAAGGGAAGGAUCAUCCAAAGGGAAGAGAGCAGUCCGGGGAGGCAUCCAAAGGAAAAGGACUUGCGAAUUAACAAUCG